AUGAGUUUUAAUUUUUUAGUUAAUUCUUUUGAUGGUUCUGUAGGAUGUAAAGUUAACAAUUCAGAAAUAAGUAAUUCUACUAAUAUUUACAAUGGAAAAAUUAGAAAUGCAGGCAACCAAAAUCCUGGUUUUAAAACCUUAAACAAUUUCAAAAAUAAUAUUAAAGUUAAUACUUUUGGAACGGUAAACUCAAAUGAAUCACUUGAAAACGACGUUGAGGACAAAAAAUUUGGGUUUUCUGAAAAACUAAGAGUGUUAUUGAAAAAUGGAGAAAGUAAAAGUGAUAAAAAUAAAUUACCUGAUCCAUAUGCAUUUAGUGAUAUUGAUGUACAACAUUCUCAACAAUUAAAUACCUUUGAACAAUAUGUAGCUGAAUCUGUAUCUCCUAAUAUGAAAUCAAACAAUGCCAAAUUUGCAGUGCCUUUGUUUGCCACAAAUAACAUUGUGGCUACAAAUUUAAACCAAGCUGCAUAUAAAUUGCAAGUUAGUGAUCAAUUAAAUGUAAAUAAAAUUUCAAGUGUGAAAAAUGGCAAAACUACUGCACAGGUUCAUUUAUCUUCAAAUAACAAGCCAUUAUUUAAUAAAUUUUUAUCCAAAGCAAAAUUGCAAAGUGUUAAAAUUCCAAAUAUUAAUAGCACAUUAAAAUCGAACUUUAAUACGACAGUAAAGUCAGCAUCAUCUUUCAAUUCAAAUCAAGUUAGCAAGCAAGGGAAUUUUAAAGGAGAGAAAAAACUUGAUAAAAAACAUAAGAAUUUUCAAAAAGGAAAAUCUUUAUUAAAUCAAAUACAAAAGACUGCUUAUUUAAAUAGACCAGUUAUUCAACAAAUAAAAAAAAAUAAUUCGAAAGGUUCUUUUUUUGGUAUGAAUAAAAAUUUUCAAAAACAACUCGAUGUACCUCCUCCUACUGUAAAUUCAAAGAAAAAGAGUUUAUUAGAAGAAUCAUUGUUGGGCAUAAAAAAUGGAGUUGACAGAGAAGUUAAAAACAACAGUGCUGUCCAGCCAGGGUCUUCAACUGAGUUCAAGUGCUCAAAAAAUAAUGUGAAAAAUUUUCAUGAGACUGUUAAUGGUACAGUAUUAGCACCGUCAAGAGUAAAAACUGAUUCUUUAGACCAGAGUAAACAUGAAUCUCUUGAAAGAAUAUGGAACAUUAGGAAUAAAUUGAAAGGAUUAAAAAGGGAUCAUCAUCAUUUCGGUUUGACGGUAAAUGAUGGUGAUUACGAUGACAAUUGCAAUUCGGAAUGUUUAUUAUUUCAAAAUUAUUGGUUUUCAUUAUGUGGAGAUUAUGAUUCUGUAUCGAAUAGUGAUAGGAAAAGAGACUUGAAAUUAUCUCAGUUGAAAGUAGAAUUAAGACACAAAAUAAAACAAUUGCAGUGGAGGUAUAAAAAUGAUUAUAGAGAUAAAGUAGUUGAAUUAUUAGUGGAAAGUGCUAGAAAACAGCCAAACCUUACUGCUUUUUUAAUUAGACUGGAAAAUUCUAAAUUCAAUAAUCCCAAGAAAAAUUCAAGGGUAAAACCUUUUAACCUACUAAGACCUGUGUUAUGCGCUUAUACAAAUUCAGAGUCAGGCCAACAGUGCGAAGAGGAAGCAAUGCCUUGUGUCAAGUUUUGUCAACAACAUAUCACUUGUUCCAAUGAUCAACUUUUAUUCACUUCCUGUUCGGCUUUGAGAAGUGAUAAUACAUCAUGUCAGGCAGCUGUUUUGAACCAAAGUGUGGAUAAUCCAUUGUGUUUGCAACAUAAAAGACUGGUGAAUUCGACAGAUAUACCAAAGAAUUUAAUAAAUUCAAGACCGGUGAGUAGACCCUCACAGCCCCGUAAGCGAAGUCGGUCAUCCACUGGUGGAAGUAGUAGAUCUGGAAGAAGUAGAAAGAGAAAAAGGUCUGCACCAAAAGAUAAAAAAGAUAAUUUAAGCAGCAAUUCAGUGUCUGCAGUCCACAGUGUUGAUCCUUCGAGUAAUUUUGAUUUUGAAAAAGAUUUUGAUAAUGAUGGUUCCUUCAAGCAGCAAAACAUGUCUGAAAAAAUAAAUCCUCAAGUAAUUUCAAGAUGUGAAAUUGAUGAAUCUCAAGAAGUUGAGGUGAGCGAAGAGGUUUUAGCAAUGGCUGCCGAUUUACCUUUAGAACUAGCCACUCAAGCCACCAAAUUGUUAGAAGAACACGAUUUUACAAACGUUUUAAAUCAUAUUCCUCCCGAUGCAUUUAACGAUCUUUUUACCGAAGAUAAAGAAGAAUACGAGCCGACUCCUCAGGAAACGGAAGAAUUGGAAAGAGCGUUGGAGGCCGUCGACAAAGAUGUCAAAUCCCUCGAAAAACUAUCCCAAACUCAGGGUAUAUUGGACACAUUAUUAGACGAACAGACGAUAGCCCAAACGUUAGCUCAAUUGCCGGAAGUAACGGCUAAUAUCGAAGUUCCACACACGUUAGUUCCAGUAUUUUAUCAAAACGGUUUUAGUAAUAUAAAUCAAUUAGAACAAACGUUGCAAGAUGUAAAUAAAUCAUUGACUCAUACAGUGCUUUUAAAUCAAGGAAACGAAACAAUAACAAAUCAUUUUAACAAUUUAACAAUAUCGAAUCACGCGGAUGUCCUUCAGUCAUAG